CCAUUCUCCACCCCUCCUUCUACUUCACCUUUCUGCAUCAGCGCUUGUGCAGUCGCUGUUGGUGCGUUGCACUCUGUCCGAUCUCCGAUCAGAUCAACUGUCCGUUCGUCCACCGUUCCAUCGUCUUCCUCACUUCAGCAGCUUCUUCCGUUCUUCACAGGCCAUUCUCUCCCCUGCUGAGUGCGCGAUGGAGACGGCCUGAUCCAUGCUUCUUCCCUACUGACCCGGCGUGUGUGCUGUGUGGUGACAAGUUCCGACCGACGGCGGCAGCAUGAUGAGAGCCUCUUAUCGUCAGGGCUGCGCUUUAUCGGCGUUUAUCGUGGUCAUUGUGUGCGGGCUGUUGGGUUUGAGUGCGGCUGCGGGUUUUGCUGACGGCUCCUACUCCUCCCCCGAGGCCACGCACCUCGUCCUGCAUGAGGGAGAGGAGGCGCGACCAGACGGUGAGUGGAGUGGCAACACACAUACACACGAGGGGAUAGAUGUCCGUUGUUUCUUGUCGCCAUGCAUUCCAUCCAUCUUUCUAUGCUUCCGUGUGUGCAGAUGAUGUUGGUGCCGGCCUUCAGGACCGCGUGUUGGAGUGUGACGUGGUGGUGGUCGGCGGUGGGUCGGCCGGCACAUCGGCAGCUCUGGCUGCAGCGAGGAGUGGCGCCAAGACUGUCCUCAUACAGUCCAGGUAAGAAUCAAUCCAGUGACUCAGUCAUGCGCUGGACAGUAUCCCCAUUCCCUCUCUCUCUGAACAUCCCUGCUGCCUGGCUGGCUGCCUUUCUGCCUUUCUGCAGGGGUGUGUUGGGCGGCAACGCCUCAUCCGAGUCCAAGCUGCACAUGGUGGGUGCCGACAAGGAGGGCGGGCGAGGCCACCUGAUGAAGACCGAGGCCCGCGAGGGCGGCAUCGUCGAGGAGUACACCGUCCGCAACUCGGUCGAGAACCCGCAGCGCAGCGUGGAGCUCCACGACCUCACCCUCUACAAGCUCUUCCGCGAGGAGCCCAACGUGCAACUGAUCCUCAACGCACCCAUGGUGUCGGCCGUCAAGGAGUGGGAGGAAGGCAGCGGCGGCUGGGUGGUCAAGCAGGUCACUGCUGAGAACCAGGAGGCACAGGUGCGAUACAUCGUCAAGGGCAAGGUCUUCAUUGACGCCACGGGGGACGGGAGGCUGGGAGCGGAGGCGCACGUGCCUUACAUUAUUGGUGAGGGGAGGAGACCGAUGCGAUGAGUGUCUCUCUGUAGGAUGGUCGAGUCGAGGUGUGAAAGCACUUCUUGUUCUUUCUGUGUGUGUGCCUUAAAGGUCGCGAGUCGCGUAGCCACUUUGGUGAGAGUCUGGCUGAGGCGCGGUCGGACAACGAGACGGAGGGCAGCUCCUUCGCCUUCACCUCACGUGACUACGGCCGACCGAUGACAUUCACAGCACCAGAGUGGUCAGUGAGACAGAACCCCCCCGGCCCCCUCCCUCUAAGGACUCCAAGCGAUGCCACUUCUCUCUCCUCUGUCUCUCAGGGCGAUGAAGUUCACAUCGUCUGAUUUCAAGUAUCGUCCGAUCCACAGCGACAUCCUGGACUACGGCUACUGGUGGAUCGAGGUCGCCUGGCCAUACAGCACCAUACGCGACAACGAGGCCAUCCGCGACAGGCUGCUCGAGGCCGUUCUCGGCAUCUGGGACUACAUCAAGAACAGCGGCAACUUCCCGGAGGCUGAGAACCUCGCACUCGACUGGAUCGAGUGGUGGCCCUGCAAGAGGGAGGGCCGCCGGUUCCGUGGCCUGUACAUCAUGACGCAGAACGACAUCCUCCCCGACCCCAAGCAGAAGCCCCCGCCCGCCCCGAUGCUUUUCGAUGACCGUGUGAGCUACGGUGGGUGGAAUCUGGACCUGCACAACCCCAAGGGCAUCUUCGACACAUCGAGGCCGGCGUUCGCGUCUCACCGGCUGCCUUAUCUGUACAGGUGAGGCAGUCCCACCCACACACAAACCCUCCCGCUCUCUGUGACUUUGUUGUGUGUCUGACGCGUGUGUGUGCAGCACUCCGUUGCGGUCGCUGAUAGCCCAGAAUGCGACCAACCUGAUGCUGGCGGGCCGCCUGGCCUCCUUCAGCCACGUGGUUUUCGGCAGCCAGCGAGUCAUGAAGACAGCCGCUGCAAGUGAGGAGUGACGCGCAUGGCAGCAGACACACGUGCACGAUGCUAUGUCGUCUGUGUGCGUUGCAGUGGGUCAGGCGUCGGGCACAGGUGCAGCCUACUUCGCGCUCCACGGCAUCCCCCCGGCGGACGUCGGCGGUCACCCCGACGGUGUGUGGAGCAUCCAGCAGCAGCUGCUGCGGGACGACCAAUACAUCAUCGGCAUGUACAACCAAGACCCUCGCGACCAUGCUCUGCGCGCAGCGGCAGUCAAGGCGUCUUCUUUCGUCGCUAACGAGACCUUCGACGGACGCCCACAGCUGGUAUGUGUGCUGGACAGGCACACGCAAACCAGGCGCAGCGGAAAAGGGCAUCCGUGUGUGUGUGCAGGUGGUGUCUGGUCAGACGCGUGCUGUUCAUGGCUAUGGCGGUGCGGCCCCGUCUCAGCGGAAGGAGGGCGUGCAGCGUUGGGUGAGUGAAGCUCUGCCCGCGUGGAUCGCACUCGAGUGGACCACACCCAUCACAGACAUCGCACAGGUAAGGUAGCUGUCUUGUGUAGUGUAGCGUAUAUCUGUCCAUCCAUCCAUCCAUCCAUCGGCACAUUGGACGCCUGUCUCGUGUCAGGUUGAGCUGGUCUUUGACACCGGGAUGCAUCGCACGCUGAUGCUGUCGAUGAUGCUUCGCGACCAGCACAAGAUGGUGUGGGGCCGCCCGCAGCCAGAGACCGUCAGGGACUACUCCAUCGAGGCGCGACUGGCGGCCGGUGCCGACGACCAGUGGCGCCAAGUCAUAACCGUCCAGGGCAACUUCCAAAGGAAGCGAAGGCACAACGUCGCACGGCAGAUGGCGCAGAUCGAUCCACAAAAGGUCCGCCGUGGCGAUACGAGCUGGUGUGGCACAUGUGGCUUUGUGUGGAAUGCCUGUGCGUCCGUCUGUUUGUGUGCGGAUCGGAUCUGUUAGGUUGGUGUGGAGUCCCUGCGGCUGGUGGUGAGUGCGACCAAUGGCAUCCCGCACGCACACGUCUUCGAGAUACGCGUGUACGGGAAGGACGGCCUCACCCCUUUCCCGGCCAAGCCGCAACCACAGCAGCAGCGGCCGAGAAGGGAGACCAAGCUAUGGAUGCGAUAGCUGACAUGGCUUAGAAGAUGUCCUGCUGAAUGAAGAAACGUGUACCCACCAAUCGGGGGGGUCAAGACAGCAGUGGAUGCUGCCGCCGUGUGACCGAAUCGCCCCCUCACUGACUGCAUUAGUUGUUCUUUUCUCGAAGUGUCGUUUAGUGGCAUACGCCUGUGUGUACAUGUGUGUGUGUGUCUGUCGGGCGUUGUCGGUACCCGCCCGCCCCAAUUCGACAAGCGUUUUUCUGGAGUGUGCGUGAGGAGAGGGGUGCGUUGUGUGUGCGUAUAAAGCAUGUGGGGAUCAUCAGCACUGCAUGGCAUGAGCCAUCGACGGCUCACGUCAUGUAUGUCAUUUCUUCGAGUGCCCGUGGGUGAAGUGAGAAGUGCACGCAGCAGGUAGUGUUUGUGCGUCAAGGUCGGUACCUAAGGGAGUUUUCCUCAUGACGCGGUGCGCGUCAUUUUGCAUGGUCGCUUGUUUCGUCUCCUGGCUAUGACUGAUGAGAGUUUUCGGCGCCUUCCUUUGCCUGCCGCCCGCACAGACACACACAUGCGCGGCUUCUUCCGGGCGCUCUCUCAUCGACCAUGUCUGAUUGUAUAUACCACACACGUACGUCAGGGGAGUCGGUCUGGCGCACACAGGUGCUGUGCAUGUCGGUCUCUCUCUCCCUCUCCCUCUCCCUCUCCAUCUGCGGGUGUGUGCGGUCUUGUGCUUGAGUGUUCGUGCGUGUCCGUGUGUGUCCGUGUGUGUGCGUGUGUGUGCGGGUGUGUGUGUGUGAUACUUAAAGGGCCGGCCCUCGUCUGUCAUGCAGGCUGCAGCAGGCAUGACGAGGGUAUGCCCGGCCGUAUAUGUGCGAGCGUGUGGCGGCGGAUUCUAUACUAGUUCUACACGGUUGACAAAAUAAUAACACUGUGGGCUGCAUCCCGCACUUGGACGCUUCCCUCCCUGUCUCUGUAGAGGUAGCGUUGGGUCUCAUGCCGCAACGGCG